GGUUGAACACAAUGUUCACAAAAAGGCAUUAAGAUGCAUUUUAACCUGUUUAGAUCUUCUUAGCAAAGUAAAAUAUGCCUACAGUUAAUUAAGAUUAAUCACUAAAGUAAGAAAUAAUUAAAAAUAUUCAUUUUGUGUGUUAUUGCCUAACAUAAUGAGGAUAUGAGGAAGUAUCAACUCUUUCAUCACGGAAGUACAGACGACCUUCAAAAAGCUGCUGGUGUCGGUUUAGUUCAUCAGAACAAGAAAGACGGAAACAUCAAGGAUCAAUGGCUGAACUAAAAUGGAUUAAAGUUCAUUUAUUUCUGAUCCUGGGGCUUCAGUUUACUGUGUGCACAAUAACUGGAUCAUCUGUUUUCAUAAGAUCUGGGGAUGAUCUGGUUUUGUCUUGCCAACAUGUGAUAAGUGGUCAGAUAAACUGUAAUGGAACCACAUGGGUCUAUAGUGACACCAGCAGCUCAGUAGAACUGGUUCACCUGGGAAAGGUUAAAAAUGUUCAGAGUAAAUCUAACAGACUGAGUCUUGCAGCAAACUGUUCUCUGGUAAUGAGGAACAUCACAGUGAAGGAUGCUGGUUAUUAUGAAUGCCUACAAUAUAAAUCUGGAGCUGAACCCAGGAAACGCAUUCUGGUUAAUAAGUCUGGAGUUUCUCUGUCUGUUGUUCACAUGAGUGAGCAGAAGGUUACAGAUGUGGUGACAUUAAUCUGCUCUGUGGCGUCACGUGGUCAUUGUGGAUACACAGUGAAAUGGUUGACUGACUGUUCUACUGGGAAACCUGAUUUGAUCAACUGUCCAACUCAACACUCUGGCUGCUCUGCUGCAGUUUGUUUUAAAGAGCAUUCCUACACACAGAGCUGUGAGUUCAAGUGUGAAAUCACAAACCAUGAAACAACAAGGAUCUUUAACUUCAACCAUCAGUACCCAGAAGAUAAAUCAGGUAAAACUACAUGUAACCCAACAAGAGAAGCUGAAGAUGUCACCUCAGUUUUGGCUGUGAGAAAUUCUUUGUCCAGUGAAGGAAUAAAGAUGAUCGUCUUCUCUCUGGGUUUAGUGGCUCUUUCAGGAACUGUUCUGGUCGUUCACAUCUGGAUAAAAAUCAAAGGAAACAAGACAUGGACUGUAAAAAAUAAAGUUGAUGCAGAAUUUGGAGUUUCUUAUGCCUCCAUCAGACAUCCCAAAAUCAACAGCAGCAAAGUUCUGGUUUGUGGUGAUCUGGACACAGUGACCUACAGCACACUCACAGGUUCAGGAAGCAGAGAGACGAUGAAGCAGAGAGGAGCCAUGGAGGAUCCUAUGUGGAGGAAAAUGUUUCUGUUUUUCAUCCUGCAGUUUACAGGAGCUCAGAGCAGAGAUCUGUCUCUCUCCUACACUGUCAGAGCUGGAGAUGACGUCACUUUGUCCUGUGAAAAUGUGAUCAAUGGUCACAGUAAAUGUGACACAACAACCUGGAUCUACACUAAAACAGGUCGACCAGCUGUGGAGUUAGUUAAUCUUGGGCAGGUUAAGGUUACCAGAUCAGACAGACUGAGUGUUUCUGCAAACUGUUCUCUGGUUGUAAAGAACGUCACAGAUGAGGAUCUUGGUCUGUAUGGCUGCAGACAGUUUGUAUCAGGAAGUCAGUCAGGUUCAGUUGCUUUAGUUCAUCUUUCUCUCGUUCACUUGACAGAAUAUGAGGACCAGAACAAGAUGAUAUUAACCUGCUCUGUGGUGACAGAUGAACCAUGUAAACACUCAGUGAAGUGGUUGUUUCAGGGUAAAUAUAUAGAUAAAAACAACACAGAAAUAACAGAAUCAUCAUCUUUCUGCUCUGCUGCCGUCAUCUUCCACACGUCUCAUUACAUUUACCAAUCAAGGUUUAACAUGUUGAAGUGUGAAGUAAAGACAGAAAAUAAAGUUCAGGUUUUUACCUUCAGCUCUCGUCCAUCGGAGAAAGACAAAACAACAACCACAUCAGCAGUUCCAACUGUACCAGAUGAAACUUCAGCCAUAAUAACUACAAACACUUCAGAUGCUCCAGAUGUGGAACAAAAACCUGCAGCAGACUGGUGGAGGUUCCUCUCUGGUUCUGUGGGUUUAGCAGUUCUGAUAGCAGCUGUUCUGAUCGUCAACAUUUGGGCCAGAACUAAAGGGAGGAAAACACAUCUGGAUAAAAAUGCUGUGUGUUAUGAUGAAGAUGAAGCUGCUCUGAACUAUGAAAACAUCAGAACUUCUUCAGUUUGAUCCUCCUGUUUUUCUCAGAUUCAGUAGAUCCAGAAGCUGAACAUCAGCAGGUUAAUCCAUCAGCUGUAUCUCCUCGCUACAUCGGCCGAUCUGCACCAGAUUUUUUGUGCAUUGCCGGGGAUUGUUGCUGAUCGCAUCGAUGCGUAUCGCCUGAUGGACGGGGGCGGGAACUAACCCCCUCGGUGGCCAACAGGCCGGAGCGGCGCUGAGCUGCUGCUUGCAGCUUUAAUAACAUUUAUAAUCUUCGAGAA